UCCAAUUAGAUUCGGAGGUGGUUCAAGAGCAGGGUUUUCGGCGAAAAGGAAACAUAGGGGACCCGAAGAUCUAAAGGAUAAGGGAGACUAUUACAACACACUCUGGAUUUGCAAGUAACUGAUGCAUUUAAACUGUAUUUUACGUUUUAUCGGCGGUGUGGAAGGAUCUGUCGGUAAAAGCAGGACUGCGUAAAACUAAUAGGGUGAGGGGGGAUUGGGGAAGCGAGAGUUGUUGGGUCAAAAUGUCGAUUCAGUACGAAGUGGAACCGUUGGCAGACAGCUACGGGGUUGCGGACUCGUUUCCCAAAGAUUUUGGAUAUGGAGAAGAGGAGGCCGACAUCGAGGAUAGCCCAACUCCAUCUGACAGCAAACCUAGAAUUCUGUUAAUGGGUUUGCGAAGAAGUGGCAAGUCGUCAAUACAGAAGGUGGUAUUCCACAAAAUGUCUCCUAACGAGACGUUGUUCCUGGAGAGCACCAACAAGAUCUACAAGGACGACAUCUCCAGUAGCUCGUUUGUCAACUUCCAGAUCUGGGACUUCCCGGGUCAAGUGGACUUCUUCGACCCCACCUUUGACUACGAGAUGAUCUUCAGAGGCACGGGGGCUUUGAUAUUCGUCAUUGACGCACAGGAUGACUAUGUGGAGGCGUUGGGCAGACUCCACCUCACCGUGUCGCGGGCCUACAGGGUCAACCCUGAGAUUAACUUUGAGGUGUUCAUCCACAAAGUGGACGGCCUCUCCGACGACCACAAGAUCGAGACCCAGAGGGACAUCCACCAGAGAGCCAACGACGACCUGGCAGACGCCAGCUUAGAGAAGCUUCACCUCAGUUUCUAUUUGACAAGUAUCUAUGACCACUCAAUAUUUGAGGCCUUCAGUAAAGUGGUUCAGAAGCUUAUCCCACAGCUGCCAACACUGGAAAACCUUCUAAACAUCUUUAUAUCUAACUCCGGCAUAGAGAAGGCCUUUCUGUUCGACGUGGUCAGUAAGAUCUACAUCGCCACAGACAGUAGUCCGGUGGACAUGCAGUCUUAUGAGCUGUGCUGUGACAUGAUCGACGUGGUUAUAGAUGUCUCCUGCAUCUAUGGUCUGAAGGAGGAUGGCAGUGGUAGUGCCUACGACAAGGAGUCCAUGGCUAUCAUCAAGCUGAACAACACCACAGUCCUCUACCUGAAAGAGGUCACCAAGUUCCUGGCGUUGGUCUGCAUCCUCCGAGAGGAGAGCUUUGAGCGCAAAGGCUUGAUAGACUACAACUUCCACUGUUUCCGGAAGGCCAUCCACGAGGUGUUUGAGGUGGGCGUUUCCACACCGUGGACGGGCUCCCAGGCGGCCGGCACGCCCUGCACCAAGGCUGUGACACUCAACGGCACGCCCCGGAGCACUGUCUAAACACAAAUAGACAGACGGAGAGAGGAUGGGAAAGGACAGAAAGAUAGAAAAGAAAGAUGGGGAGUGAUCGUGCGGAAAAGACUAAUGGAUUGGGGUUUUCAGUAAACCAAUCAUAACUCUCGCACCCAGAUCCUAAAAAUCACAGGAAGAGGUCUAGAGCUAAAAAUUCAAAUGAAGAGUCAGGGCUGAACCCGACGCUCAGAGGGUAAGGAGGACUGCGAGCUUACAAAGCUAGGAUGAAAGGGAAACUGAAUGCAGAGAUACUAGGAACAUUCGUACAUUUCGUGUGAAUGCAAGGCAUUGUUUUCCGCUGUUUGCCACGAGUAAAAACGGCUAAAUGAAAGUCCAACACGACUGGUAUACGUAAGCAAAAGCGUAUUUGUUAUUUGGGAACUUUCAGUGAGAGAGGCCUCACGUGCUUCAAGUCCCAAGAGACCUGAAGAAGCUUGGUAAUAUCGUUGUCUGUUUUAGCUGCUGGUUCAUCCAUGUGAAGAAGUACUUAAAAAAACAAAAUGUAAACGUUGAUGUAACCCUCGAUAAGGAGAAGAAACUGCAUAGGCUGUAACGGGGAUCAGUAUAGUUGUGUAACCCUGUGCAGACUUAUGGGUCGAAGUCUCUAAGAAAUGCUUGGUGUUUAUCCAAAACGCACAUGGUAACACUUUCUCAAGGCCUUAUUUAGAUAGAAAUAUCACUACUCACCCGCCUGUAUGCUGCCCAAGACUUUGCUUUUGGUUUCAUUCAUUCUGAAGAAAACAGGGUUCCUCAAGAGUGCAAAAGGGAUUGUAGUGUCCACUUUUUCUGCUUCUGUUCUGUGUGUGUGUCUGGAAAAGAGGAUAGUUGGGGAUUAUGGAUUCAUGACUGCCCCAUGUUGAUUUGCCAGUGCAGGCCCUAUGCUCAAAGUUGCUGUAGUGUCAUACUGUAUAAUGCUAUGCCAUGUUGGAAAAUUGAGCUAAAGAAUAAACCUGUUACCAGUG